AUGGGUGCAAAGGAGAAGAAACAAAACCUUAGCACAUCAGAAAUCGCAAGUCCCUCUCUCCCAAAGAUGGAUCUGAAGAAGAAGAAGAAGGAAAAGGUCAGCAAAUCACAAGCAAUCACGUGUCCCUCUUUCUCAAAGAAGGAUUUGGUAAUCACAAAUCCCUCUCACUCAAAGAUGGAUUUACAAGAAGCAAUGAAGAAGCAAAGCGACGUGGCUAUGUUCCUUACGGGAAAAGUAAUCUCUGCGGUAGCCAGAAACUCUAACUUUAUCUUCUCUCCGGCAUCAAUCAACGCCGUACUCAUCAUGGUCGCUGCUAGCAUCGAAGAAGAAACAUUGAGAUCCUUUAUCCUCUCCUGUCUUGGAUCUUCCUCAUCCGAUGAGCUCUAUGCUGUUUUCCGAGAAAUCGCUUCCAUCAUCCCUGUCAACGGAAGUACGAACGAUGGUGGCCCUAAAAUCGCUGCGGCUUAUGGAGUGUGGAUGGAGCAAUCGCUAUCUGUUAAGCCCUCGUUGAAGGAUCUCUUUGAGAACUUUUUCAAGGCUGCUUUCGCUCAAGUUGACUUCAGAUUCAAGGCUGAAAAAGUACGUGUGGAGGUAAAUGCAUGGGCUUCAAAUCACACUAAUGGUCUCAUCGAAGAACUUCUUCCUCCUGGAUUCGUUAAAAGCGACACCGCUUGUAUUUAUGGAAACGCAUUGUACUUCAAAGGAACAUGGCAAGAAAAAUUCCAAAAGGAUCUGACAACAAACAAAGAGUUUCACCUUCUCAAUGACACCUCAGUCUCUGUGCCGUUCAUGGGCAGCGCUGAAGACCAAUACAUAGAGGCUUAUGAUGGUUUCAAGGUCCUUCAGCUCCCAUUUCGACGAGGCAGUGAUAGCGAUCAUAGUUUCUCUAUGUAUUUCUAUCUUCCCGACAAGAAAGAUGGUUUGGAUAAUCUUGUGAAGAAAAUGACAUUGACUCCUGGCUUCGUGGAUAAUCACAUUCCGAGAUCCGACGUUAAAGUUGGUGAAUUCAAAAUCCCAAAGUUUAGGAUCGAAUUCGGGUUUGAGGCUUCAAAGGCUUUCAAUGAGUUUGAACUGGUUGAUGAGAUUAAGAUUUCGCUGUAUCACAAAGCUUGGCUCGAGAUCAAUGAAGAUGGUGCAGAAGCUUGUGCAUCAAGUAAGCCUUACGUCCGAAUUAAGGGCUGCAGGUGGAAGCCGACAAUAGAUUUUGUGGCUGAUCAUCCAUUUCUUUUUUUGAUUAAAGAAGACAAGACUGGAAUCGUUUUGUUUGCUGGUCAAAUACUUGAUCCUUCCGAAUCUUCUUUUGCUUUAGAUCGAAUAUAG